GCCGCAAACGAAUCCAUCAUCUCGCACCACGCAACGCCAACUCUCCACGCGCCGCCGCCCACGCCGACGCGAGGAGCACUCGCCGCCCGCCACCGCGCUCUCCCUCUCCCCCCAAUUCCAUCCCUCCACGCCACGAUCGCCUUCCGCAAGGUUUCUUCUUCAGUGCACAUGUGAAACUGUACUUCACCUCCCAUAUAUAAUUCAGUGCAGAGAGCAUUCUUGAAUAAGUAUGAACCCUUAUUUUGUUGGUCUUCUCGUCCCAAUUGCGGUAUCUCUUCUCCUACGGAAGAGGAGAAUGGUUGGGAAGAUGAGGGCACUGCCAGUUGAUGUGGGUGGAGAGCCCGGGUAUGCAAUCCGCAACUAUCGAUUCAAGCAACCGGUUGAAACUCACUGGGAAGGUGUCACCACGCUCGCCGAGUUGUUUGAGCAGUCCUGCAAGGAUUAUGUCAACAUGCCGCUCCUCGGCACCAGGAAGCUCAUCUCCAGGGAACAGGAAUCAUCACUAGAUGGGAGGUCCUUUGAGAAGCUUCAUCUUGGAGAGUAUGACUGGAAGUGCUACGCUGAGGUAUUCAAGAGUGUUUGCAACUUCGCAUCUGGACUAAUUCGGCUAGGCCAUCAGAAGACUGAUCGUGUUGCUAUUUUCGCCGAGACGCGGGCUGAGUGGCAAAUUGCUCUGCAGGCAUGCUUCAGGCAAAAUAUUACAGUUGUCACAAUCUACGCCUCCUUGGGAGAGGAAGCACUGUGCCACUCACUAAAUGAGACAGAGGUUACUACUGUUGUAUGUGGUCAGAAAGAACUGAAAAAAAUGAUUGAUAUAAGUGGGCAGCUUGACACAGUAAAGCGAGUUAUCUAUAUCAAUGAGGAAGGAAUCUCAGCUGAAGUUUCUUUAGCUCAAAAAAGCACUAGCUGGAUAAUUGAGCCGUUUGAGGAUGUAGGUAGAUUGGGAGAUACAGCACCUGUUGAUGCAAACAUGCCUCUCCCAUCUGACGUAGCAGUGAUAAUGUAUACAAGCGGUAGCACCGGAUUGCCUAAGGGAGUAAUGAUGACCCAUCGGAACGUCCUGGCUACACUUUCAGCAGUUAUGACCAUUGUGCCUGAAAUUGGUAAAAAGGAUGUAUACCUGGCCUACCUGCCACUUGCACACAUUCUUGAGUUGGCAGCUGAGGCACUCAUAGCUGCUGUUGGGGCUUCCAUAGGAUAUGGAUCACCCUUGACCCUGACUGAUACAUCAAACAAAAUAAAAAAGGGAACACUGGGUGAUGCUUCUGCACUCAAGCCAACACUGAUGACCGCUGUACCUGCUAUACUUGAUCGUGUUCGUGAUGGUGUGAGAAAGAAGGUGGAUACAAAGGGUGGUGUAGCAAAGCAGUUAUUUGAUGUUGCCUAUAAUCGUCGACUUGCCGCAGUCAAUGGAAGUUGGCUGGGUGCAUGGGGAUUAGAGAAACUCUUGUGGGAUAUGCUUGUCUUCAAAAAGGUGCGAGCAGUUUUGGGAGGAAAAAUUCGCUUUGUACUUUCAGGUGGAGCACCUCUAUCAGGAGAUACCCAGAGAUUUAUCAAUAUAUGCCUUGGGGUUCCAAUAGGGCAAGGGUAUGGUCUUACUGAGACAUGUGCUGGAGGAACAUUUUCUGAGUAUGAUGACCCAUCUGUUGGUCGCGUUGGUGCUCCACUACCUUGUUCGUACAUUAAGCUGAUUGACUGGUCAGAAGGUGGAUACUUAACAAGUGACUCCCCAAUGCCUCGAGGAGAGAUUGUCAUUGGUGGUCCCAAUGUAACUAAAGGCUAUUUCAAGAAUGAAGCUAAAACAAAUGAAGUCUAUAAGGAUGACGAAAAAGGUAUGCGAUGGUUCUAUUCUGGUGACAUCGGGCGCUUCCACCCAGAUGGCUGCCUUGAAAUCAUUGACCGUAAAAAGGAUAUUGUGAAGCUUCAACAUGGUGAAUAUGUGUCUCUCGGGAAGGUGGAGGCUGCUCUGAUUGUGAGCCCAUAUGUGGAGAACAUCAUGAUCCAUGCUGAUCCUUUCCACAGUUACUGUGUUGCACUUGUGGUAGCUGCACACAAUGAGCUGGAAAACUGGGCUUCGCAGCAGGGAGUUACAUACACCGAUUUCGUAGAUUUGUGCCAGAAGCCAGAGGCUGUUAAAGAAGUGCUUGGAUCUCUAUCAAAGGCUGCGAAGCAAGCGCGACUGGAGAAGUUUGAGAUCCCGGCCAAGAUCAAGCUGAUAUCUGAGCCAUGGACCCCGGAGUCUGGCCUUGUCACUGCUGCCCUCAAGCUCAAGAGGGAAGUGCUCAGGAAGACAUAUGAGGAUGAUCUUGCUAAACUAUACGCCUGAUGAUCAAUGCUGAAUUGCUGAUUAAGCCUACUCGACGUUUUGACACAACCAGCUACCGUAGGACAGAGCUCUUGUGAGCAAACUGAAGAUGCUGAUACCGGCAGGAGGUAGCCUGAAAUUUUGGAGCUGUGGUUGUUUGAUCUUUUGGAGCUAGCACAAUUAUGUGUAGCCUCAUUUCACACUUACUUCUGUGUCUCUGCCAUAUUCUCUUGUGAAUUUACAUUGUUCAAAGGAAAAAAAAAAGGCAUUCUACAUAUUAUGGGGCUA